AUGUUUUUAGGUGGAGGCGACAUUAAAAUUCCACCAUUAACAACAAUGUUACGUGGUGUAGCCAUGGCUGGUAGUUACGUUAAAUGGCCUGGUGGAGUUGUACCUUAUACAAUUUCAUCGGCUUACAGUGCUUCAGAUCAAACAGUAAUCCUUAGUGCAAUGCGAACAUUGGAAAAUGCGACAUUAAUGGCAAACGGUUCAGCUUGUUUGACAUUUCGUCCAGCAGUACCUGCUGAUGGUCAAUAUUAUAUUCAAAUCGAGAAUGGAACAGGUUGUUCAUCUUAUAUUGGAAGAUACACUGGUUAUACACUCAAUCGUACAGUUACAUUAGAAAUUCCUUCAUGCAUCAAUGCAGGUGUUAUAGAACACGAACUUAUACACGCAUUAGGAUUUUAUCACGAACAAUCACGACCAGAUCGUGAUACAUAUGUCAAAAUUAACUGGGCGAAUAUACAAACAGGCAUGUCACAUAAUUUCGAUAAACAUAAUUCCAGUGAAGUGGUGGAUUUAUACACACCAUAUGAUUAUGAUUCGAUCAUGCAUUACGGACGAACAUUUUUCAGUGCAAAUGGUUUGGAUACGAUCGAACCAAUUAAUCCACCAAGUGCUUCAAUUGGAACACGAAAUGCUCUAAGUCCUAUUGAUAUUCAAGAACUUCAAAUCUUUUACGAAUGCAUCCCAGCAUUAACUACGACCACAACUACAACUGUCAGCACUAUUACAACAACCACUACAACUGGAACAGCAACAACCACCACAACUGGAACAACGACCACUACCACAACUGGAACAGCAACGACCACCACAACUGGAACAGCAACGACCACCACAACUGGAACAACGACCACUACCACAACUGGAACAACAACCACCACUACAAUUGGAACAACUACGACAGCAAAUACAACAGUUGUAAUCAAGACAGUCGUAACAACGGCAACUACUCCCACAACACAAUCGCCAAACACUGAUGGAAAUAGCAGUAGUAGUGGUGCAAAUGUCGGAAUUAUCGUUGGUGCUGUAGUUGGUGGCGUUGUUGGAGUUCUUUUAGUACUUGGUAUUUUGGCAGCCGUUCUCUUCUUCUUUUUUGGUUCAGGUGCACCAUUACUUUCCAAUGCAAGUUACGUCAGUUAUGGAUUAGGUGCAAGUAAAUCUUUCGGUGGAAAUGUCUUUCAAUCUGGAAAUGUCGUUGGUUCGUUUUUCAAAGAUGGUGUAUGGCAUACUACUCAAAGUACUCGAUUAGCAUUUUAUCCUAAUGCUAAUAAUACUGUGUUUGGUAAAGGAGUAGAUCAAAUGGGUAGUUUUGUGGCUAGAGGAGUUUAUUCACCACGAACACAACGAAUCGCUUUUGAUAAACAUUAUCAACCGCGUUUUGCAGAUGCUGGAGUGAAUACCGGAAGAAAAAUGACAAUUCAUGCUAAAUGGAAUCCAAACAACGAAUCUUUUGAAGGGAAAUAUUAUCUAAAGAAUGGUUCACGUUACGAAAAAAAUACUUAUAUUCUUCAGUAUGGAAAUCGAGCUGGUCAUUGA